UAAGGCUGCAUACUGCAGCUACUUAGCCCACAUGCCGUAAGGAGAGAAGAGCCUGCCUGCCACUACUAAGACCUGAUGCAGCCAAACACAUGAAUAAAAGAAAAAAAAAGUCAAGUCCUAUGGUGCUUGUUGUUUGUGACUUGCAUUUUUCAUUUAAGGUAUGCUCUCAUUAUUUGCUUAUCUCUUUAUGUAUUCCUCAUCAUCACUUAGGAGUAUUUUGGCCUCUAUAUGAAGGUGAUGCAAAGAGAAAAGCCAGGCCAUAUUUUCACAAUCCAAAGAAACCUACGUGACUGGCCUCCCAAGCCCCCUCAUGUCCCCUCUCAGUCACCUCAUUUCUGUAUUUUAUUUUUUGGCUGUGAUGGGUCUUCCUUGCUACACACUGGCUUUCUCUAGUUGCCGUGAGCGGGGGCUACUCUUUGUUGUGAUGCGAGGACUCAUUGGGGCAGCUCCUCUUGUGGAGCACAGGCUCUAAGUGUGUGGGCUUCAGUAGUUGCAACAUAUGGGCCCCGUAGUUGCGGCACACAGGCUUAGCUGCACCUUGGCAUGUGGGAUCUUCCUGGACCAGGGAUCAAACCAGUGCCCCUUACCUUUCAAGGUGGAUUUGUAACCACUGGAUCACCAGGGGAGGCCCUGUCCAGACUUUUAAUAGCAGAGUUUAAUUUCUUCUCUUCUCUUUUGUAUGUCCUAUAACUGGAGUAACCAAUUUGUCUUCUUUUAUGUUCAGUUUCUUUCACUCAAAACAAUGUAUGUGAGAUUCCUCUAUACUGUUGACUGCAUUCUCACUGACAUGUCAAAUAGGAUCCAUUGAUUUAUAAAUAGGUCAAUAUUUUUAAUUCUACUCAUUUAUAUUAAUAUAUUGAUAGAUAUGCAGUUGACUUACUCAUUAUUCUGUUGAUGGACAUUUGGAUGGUUUCUGGUUUGGGGUGAGUAUAGACACUUGAACCUCCUGAGUAUAUUCAUCUGAGUGGAAUUGAUGAGUUGUCUUCAAGAUAUGGAUCCAAGUGGUUGUAACCUGUUCACCUUUUAAAUUUUACCUAUUCUUGUGGAUCUGGACACCAUUUCUUUUUUUUAAACCCUUUCUUUUCUUUUUAAAAAAUAUUAUUUGGCUGUGCCAUAUUUUAGUUGCAGAAUGCAGGAUCUUCAGUCUUCACUGAGUCAUGAGAAAUUUUAGUUGUGUCUUGUGGGAUCUAGUUCCCUGACCAGGGGUCGAACCUGGGCCUCCUGCAUUUAAGCCACCUCCUGCUGAUAAGCAUUGUUGUUUUCGGUUUUGACUCUCAUAAACAAUACAAUGAUUAACAUCCUUGAGCACCCUUCUUUAUGCACUUGUUAACUGACCCCCUAGCAAUCACCUUUUUAGUUAUUUCCAGUUUUUGUUUUUUUUUUCAGGUGCAAAAUAACACUAGAUACAUAUCAAAUCUAUAACCAAAUGGACCUACAAGAUAACACAGGGAACUAUGCUCAAUAUCUUGUAAUAACCUAUAAUGAAAGAGAAUGUAAAAAAAGAAUAUAUAUGUGCCUUCCUUCAUGGUCCAGCGGCUAAGACUCCAAGCUCCCAGUGCAGAGGAUCUGGGUUGAAUCCCUAGUCAGGGAACUAGAUCCCAUAUGCCCCAGCUAAAGUUCCCACGUGCCGCAGAUAAGACCUGGUGCAGCUAAAUAAAUAAAAUAGCACAAAUAAAUAUUUUAGAAGUAAUAUAGAUGUGUAUAUAUAACUGAAUCACUUUGCUAUAUACCUGAAACUAAUACAACAUUGUAAAUCAACUAUAUUUCAAUAAAAAAAAUUUUUUAAAGGAAUAAACUUCCUUGCACAUUCAUUUUUUGGACUUAAAAUUCUUUGUUUUUGGUGUUUCAUUGUUAAUCCAAAGACGUGAACAUGGGGGAUAUUCACUGACAGUUAUAGCCAAAAAUGCCAAUUUUUUAAAAAGGAUUUAUUUAUUUAUCUGGAUGCACUAAGACUUAGUUGUGGCAUGUGGGGUCUAGUCCCCUGGCCAGGGACCGAACCCAGGUCCCCUCCACUGGACAUGAGAAUUAGUCACUACAUUAGCUACUAAACCACCAGGGAAGUCACACAAAAUGCCAAUUUUCCCCCAUGCCCCCCAGGUUCCAAAAUGCCAAUUUUUGAUGGUGGCUUUACCCUACUCUUUGACCUGAUGGGUAUUUCUCUAGUUUUACCUCUGAAUAAGUGAACUUUGCAAUAAAAAAAAGGUUUUGUUUUUUAAAUAGAAUUUAGGUUUUUUUUGUUUGUUUGUUUUAACAUGUCUUCACUCUGGUCUUAGGGACAGAGUCAGCCCAGGGCAGUGUUGCUGCACGUUGCGUGGGAUGAAGGGCUGAAGGCUGCUGCUUCUUGCAAGCUGGCUUCCGAGAUUGCACCUUCUUCUCCUGCUCCUCCUCCAACUCUAUGAUCUUCCAAGGCAGAGCUGACCCGCCUAGGAACCACGACAAUGCAGCAAGUGACACAGCUACAGGUGUCCCCCAGCGGGCAGAGCUCCUAUCAGUCCAUCCCCAACUUCCAAGAUAGAGUGGGGACACCGUGUUCACAGCUACAGAUGUUGCCCAGCGGGCAGAGCUCCCACCAGCCCGAUCCCAGUCUCCAAGACAAACCGGGAACACUGCGUCCACAGCCCCAGCGUGAACCACCCGCCUCCAAGGAGACCCUUCUGGAACAGCCUGACAAGGACAAGACAGUGGCUCGUCGUAUCCCUCGCCUCCGGGCUGUGGUGGAGAGCCAGGCCUUCAGGAACGUCCUGGUGGAUGAAAUGGACAUGAUGCUGUCCCGUGCAGCCACCCUCAUUCAAGCCAAUUGGAGGGGGUACCGCCUCCGGCAGAAGCUCAUCUCCCAGAUGAUGGCAGCUAAGGCCAUCCAGGAGGCCUGGCGACGCUUCAACACCAGGCGCCUCCUCCGGUCUGGCAAGACGAUGGAGAAAAAAGCGAAGGUGGAGGAGGGGGACAUCCCUUACCACCCGCCCCAGCAGGUGCGGUUCCAGCAUCCCGAAGAGGGCAAGUCCCUGCUGGCCCAGCCCACCAUGGUGAGCAAGGAGACCCAGUUCCCUUCCUCCGACAGCCUGGCCACCUAUACCCACCAGCUGGCCCUGCUGCAGUCCCAGGGCAUGUCACCGCCUGGGACGUGCUCUGUCGGAGGCCCCAGCGUCACCUUCCUGCCGCACCAGACAGUCGCCAUCAAACUUCCGUGUCCCGUGAGUCUCGAGGCCAAGUGCCGCCCAUGCCUGAUGACAAGAACCGUCAGAAGCACCUGCCUUGUCCAAGUGGAAGGGGACACAAUGAAGACCAAGCAAAUAACUGCCAGAGCCAAUAAGGCGGGAGCCAUGGGGCCACCAUCUGGAAGGUGCGCCCAGGCAGUUCAAGGACAAUUCAAGACCCAAACCCAGGCCCCCAUGGAAGCAGAGGUCCUCAAAAUGCUAUCCCAGACAGGCCCAGCGCCUGUGAUAACCAAGACCCUCUCCCAGCCAGGGCCCACUUUGACCAUGACCAGGACUCCCUUCCAGAUGUACCCGGCGGCCACGAUAACCAAGACUUCGCCCCAGGCUUGCCCAGUGCCCAUGGUAACAAUAGCCAAGACCCCACCCCAGAUGUACCUGGCAGCUGCAAUGACCAAGAUCCCCCCGCAGACGUGCCCAGCAGCCCCCAUGACCAAGACUGCGGCCCAGAUGUCCCCAGCGGCCACCAUGAACAAGACUGCCCUCCAGUCGUGCCUGGCAGCCAUGAUGAACAAGACCCUAUCCCAGCCAUGCCCAGUGCCAGCGGUCACAAUAACCAAGGCCCCACCCCAGGUGUACCCCCCAGCCCCAGUGGCCAAGAUCCCACCUCAGACGUGCCCGCCAGCCACAGCGACCAAGACCCCACUCCAGUCAUGCCUGGCGGCCAUGAUGAGUAAGAUCCAACCCCAGCCGUGCCCAGGGCCCAUGAUAACCAUCACCAAAACCCCACCCCAGCCCUGCCCAGUGACCCAAGGGACCAAGACCCCAGCCCCCAUGCGACCAACAGCCUCCAUGACCAACACUCCACCCCAGACGAGACCGCCAGCCACUUUGACGAAGGUCCCACCCCAGCUCUGCCUACUGGCCUCGAUGAUCAAGUCUCCAACUCAGACACGGCCUGCGGCCACAGCAACCAAAGUCUCACCCCAGGCGUGUGCAGGGCCCUUGCUGACCAAGAUCCCACCCCAGACGCGCCCAGCAGCCAUGGGGACCAAGGCCCCACUGCAGACGUGUCAGUUGGCCACAGUGACCAAGACCCCAUCUCAUCAGAUGCUCCAAGGAGCCUCGGUGGCCAAAACGGCUCCUCCCCAGACGCGCCUGGCGGCCAUGAUCAACAAGACUCCCGCUCAGUUACGCUCAGUGGCCACCAUCCUCAGAACCCUGUGCCUGCCCCCUUCAGCAGCUGGAAACCUCAAGCCUCCGUUUUCAGCAGCGGCGACAGCUGGGAUUUCCGACACCUCAUCCCACACGUGUCUAAGUGGACCAAAGGCCAGGGCCACGGUGAACGCGAGACAGGCGACAGGGGUUGUCAAGGUCUCGUCCCGCUCCUACUUGACAGAGGGGAAAGUGAAAUGCUUUCCCCCAUCGCAUCCGGGGGCUGGGGCUCCUAAGCCUGCAGCCAGGCCUCCUUUGGAAGGCGAGAAAAUCAAGGCCUUCUCCCAGAAGCAAGUGAAAACGGAAACCAUGUCUGACACCAGUAUGGCCAUGGAAAUGCCCGGGGAUCUGACCUGGGCAAAAGUGGCCAACGGCAGGAACAAGCGGGCACAGUUGAGGACGGACGUCUUGAAGGUUCAAUCCCAGCUGUAUGGGCCUGCUAGAACAGCUGGGCCGCCGCUGAGCACAUGUCUGCCUCAAGCGCAGCUGGCCCCUUGUUCAACCACAGGCUUGCCCCAGGCCCAGCUGCUGGCCGAGCUGACUAAGGCCCUGCCCCAGGAGCAUGUGUCUGCCAAACUGACCAAGGCCCGGGGCCCAGGACACCCAGCGGCCCAAGCCCCCGCAGCCGUGGCCCAGCCACACCUGAGUGAGUGUCUGUCCAAGAUGCCGUCCCAGGCACACCUGCCCGCCAAGCUGGUGAAGGCGCAGUCCCAGGCACAGCUGACCACAGCAGUGAUCAAGGUACAGUCCCAAGGGCAUCUCCCCACCGGAUUGACGAAGACGCAGUCCCAGGCCCAGCUGGUCACAGACACAGCUAAGAGCCUCUACGCGGCCCACCAGGCUGCUGAACUCAGCAGCAAGACACAGUCGCAGCCACUCCUGGCAGGCUUCAAGGCUUCCACCCAGCCCUGCCAGCACAUCGGCGCUCUGCCCCGAGCCAAGCCAGAAGACAGACUGACCCAGCUCCCAUCCUACAGCUACGUGCAAGGCAAGGCCACCCUGGGCCUGCGCCAGGGGGCCUCUGAGACCCAGAACAUGCUGGUGCCUCUGCUGGCCUCUGCUGGCCACACCACGUGCAACGCUGAAUCCUGGGGGGACAGUGGGGCUGCCCGGGCCCAGCCGUCAACCACCGGCGCACCCCCGCCCAGCCAGGAGGAGCUAGCGGCCUCCCAACUAGCCUCCCUGUGUGCUGAGCUGGCCGCCAUGCUGGGCUCCCAGGAGGACCUCCGCGCCCUGCUGGCCAAAGCCCUCUCCCAGGGGGAAGUGAGGGCGGCCCUGAACCAGGCUCUGUCCAAAGAAGUCUUGGGAGCCACGAUGGCCAAGGCCUUGCCCCAGGGCAUCCUGGGCACGGUGCUGGUGAAGGCGCUCUCCUGGGGCGAGCUGGGCACCAGCCUAUCCCGCGCACUGUCCCGGGGUGAGCUCACUAAGGCCAUUCAGAGCAGACUGGCGGAUGUGCUUAGCAAGGCCCUGACGGAGGAGGAGCGCGCCACCUUGAGCCAGGCCCUGUGUCAGGGUGAGCUGGGUGCAGUCCUCAGCCAAUCUCUCUCUCAGGCGGCCCUGAGGUCUGGAGUCGGCCUCCCCAAGGCUGCCUCAAAAACGGUGGGAAGCGGGAUGACUGUGAUGCCGGCCCCGGUGGAGGUGGACUGCAGGGGGAGCCUGUCGGCCACGUGGGGGCCCACCUUGGGCCCCAUGAGACUACAGCCCAGCAAGGUUAGGGUUCCUUGGGGUGGGGCCUGGGAGGGUUUUGUCACAGGCUGGCCCUUGGGGCUCUUGGAAGAGAGGGGGGAUGGGGCCAUGCUCGGGGGGUCACCCUGCUCAUCGGUGGUCUCUGUAGGUAACUCCUUGAUUGCUAGGGUGAUCACCAUUCACCAGUAUCCCCCUAUUUCUGCCCCGGGUCCCACUCUGUCAUGGGAGACGGGACCCAGCAGAAGCCUCUUACAUCUGUACCUGACCCCUAAGGUCUGUGAGCAAAGAGUGUGCCUACACCCCAGGGCGAGGGAAUUGGCAUCAGCUCUCGGCCCCAUGGUGAGUGAUGUGGACCCCAACUUGCCCAACAUGCCCCACCAGCAGCCAUCCUCCAGUCUGUGGCAACCACUCCUUGCCAAUGGCGUGGGCCCGAGCACCAGCCGGCCGUCACUGGCCACUGGCAGCUCAACCACAAGCGCCCACAGUCCACACGAGGUCAGCAGGGUGGCCCCACAUGCAAGGGCAUCUCCAGGGGAGGGUAGGUUAUCCCCGGGCCAGCUUUCCAGCACCGCCGGUCGUGGGAGGGGCACCCACUCCCAUAGCUGUGCCGCCAGCUAUGGGGGGCCUGUUUGCUGGUGUCAGCCCUCGGGGAUCAGCAGGGUACCCCCCUGUGUGGGCCAACCCCAAGGGGCCAAAGUUCCGAAACAGCUACCUGUGGUCCCCAAGGAGACCAUGCAGAGAACCCAGUCCCCGAAUCAUAAACGAGCCUUCAAGGGCCCUAGGCAGAUGACCAAAGAGGCGACCCCAAUUCAACCACAGGCCGCCACAGUGAGCAAAGCACAACCGCAUGCCUCCAAGGCCUGCGUCCUAACCCCAGGUCCCUGGCCCAGCCCCAUGGCUCCUGGUCGUUGCUGGGCACCCAAGCAACGGGAUCAGGUGGAUCCCAGUCUGUUCAAAGCCUCCCCAGGCAAUAAGCUGACACCCACCCUUUCCCGAACAACCAUCCCCGGGAAGGAGAAGAAUCAAACACGGGGUAGCCUUUCCAGGGCACAUGGCCCACAGGAGCGGAUAACUGGCCGUAUACUUAGUGAACUGCUGGCCAAUAUGCCACAAGGUCCAGACAAUGACCUGUCCAGAAGCUUCUCCCAGGGCUCCACAGACUACGGCCUAGAUAUGAGCAAUUCCCAGAGCUCACUGCGCAGCUGCAGCUCACUCAGCCUUUCCACCACGUCUAUGGCCAGCGUGGCCCCUGUUGGCGUGGUGGGGGAGGAGCCCUGGGAAGCCAGCCUGGACAGGGACUUUCAUCUAGAUGCUCUCCUCUCCGCAGAGGCCUUGGAGAGGUCCCAGGGGCCCAGGAAUGUGGAAGAGACUGAGGGAGCAGGUCACAGGCACCUGGCCCCAAGCCUCCAUGACCAGUCUUCUGCAGACUCAGAACGGACCCCCAUUCUCCAUCAUAGCUCAGUGGCCAGUCGCAUGACGUUGAGUGUCCACUGGGACUCAGAGGAUGAGGAAGACAUGUCCUCAGAUCAGAGUUCCAUGAAUCUGAAGGAGAGUUUGUCCCAGGCACCCUUUGGGACUGGGUUGACCAGAAGUUUGUCGUUGAGUAAUGUGUUCCCUACUGUCUAUCAGGAACCAUCUGUGGCUGGUAGGCUGACCUCAUGCCUAUCUCAGCCUACAGUAGCCAGUAAGGUGGCCCCAAAUCCAGGCCAGCUUUCUAUGGCUAGUAGAAUGACCAGCAGCCUAUCUGAGCCAUCGGUGGCCAAUAAGCUGACUCCCAGCUUAGGCCAGAUGUCCAGGACCAAGAGGGUGUCCCUCAGCCUAGGCCAGCCACUGAUGGUUGGUGGGGUGGGUCCCAGCUUUUCACAGCCAUUGAUGGCCUGCAGACUGGCCCUGAGCCUAGCCCAGCCAUCUGUGACCAGUGGGGUGACCCCCACACUUGCCCAGCCACCUGUGACCAGUGGGAUGGCCUCCAGCCUCACCCAGCCACCUGUGACCAGUGGGGUGGCCCCCAGCCUCGCCCAGCCACCUGUGACCACUAGGAUGAUCCCCAGCCUUGCCCAGCCAGCUAUGACUACUAGGGUGGCCCCUAGCCUAGCCCAGCCACCUGUGACCAUCAGGGUGAUCCCCAGCUUUGCACAGCCAACUCUGACUACUAGGGUGGCCCCUAGCCUAUCUCAGCCACCUGUGACCAGUGGUGGUGUGGCCCCCAGCUUAGCCCAGACAUCUAUGACUGGUGGGGUUGUCCGCAGCCUAGGCCAGGCAUCCAAGGUUUCUGGGGUAGAGCCCAGUCUAGCCCAGUCACCUAUGACCACUGGGGUGGCCCCUAGCCUAAGUCAGCCAUCUUUGACCUUUGGAAUAUCCCCCUGCCAAACCCAGCCAUCUUUUACCAGUGGGAUGGCUCCUAGCCUAGGCCAGCCUUCUAUGACUUGUGUGGUGGCCCCCCGCCUAGCCCAGCCGUCUGUGGCCACCAGGGGGACCCCCAGCCUGGCCCAGCUACCUGUGAUCAGCGGUGCAGGUUGUGCUAGGAGUCAGCCGAGUUGGGCCCCUAGGGUGAGUCCAAAUUCACCAUCACCGAGGGUGAAUGCAGGGGCUCCCAGUCAGCGUCAUUCAUCGCUUGCCAUUGAAGUCACCUCGUGUGCACCAUAUUCAUCAGUGGCUAGUGGCAUGGGCCAGGGUCUGAGCCAGCCAGCCGUGUCUGCUAGGGUGGACCCACGUCAAGAUCCUCUGCCGGUUAGAGGGGUGGCCUUGCAUCCCCAGGCCCCUGAGUUCAGCGAGGUGGCCCUGGGCUUUCAUCAGCUGCCUGGGAUCGGUGGGAGGCACCCAAGAGAAACUGAACAACCUGCUGUCAUCGAUUCAGCUCCAAACCUCUACCAGGUACCUGUGGCCAGUGAGGAGGACUCUUGUCUAGGCCAGGAAGCCAGUGUGUCUCUGUUCAAGGGCAUGUCUGUGAGCAGAUCCCAGGGUGCCAUAGCCUCCGACACGCUCCCAGGUAUGUCUCGGGGGACUCUGGCUACUGGCAUGUUCCUAAGUAUGUCUCAGGUGUCCCCUGGCAGAUCAGGGAGUGUGGGCCAGAGGAGUGUGGCUAGCGCUCUGGGCCCAAGCCAGUCUCAGAUGAGCAGGGGCGUGGCUCCCGUGACAUCCCAUGCCUCUGUGGCUGCUGCCCCUUUGACUCGUGAAUCGGCCUCAAGGGUGGCUCCUCGCCUCUCUCAGGCUUCAGUGUCCGGUAGACUGGAUAUGAGUUCGUCUAAGUUUUCCGUGACCAGUGUGGGCCCCAGCAUAUCUCAGGUCAGUGUGGAUCUUCCAAUAUCUCUGGACCACCGAUGUCCUUCUGUGUCCACAACCUCCAGCAGUUACCAACAAGCUGAUGUUAUCAGCCAGGAGCCUGCAAUGGGCAUACCCAGUGCUGUGGUGCCAGGUUCUAUGGCAGGUAGGAUGACCACAACUGUGGCCCCAGGUUCUAUAGCUGGUGGCAUGGCCCCUAGUCUUCCCCCAGGGUCCAUGAUCAGAGGAGUGGGCCAGAGCCUUCCUCCAGGGCCAAUAUUGAGUUGUGUGGCCCCCAGCAUUCCACCAGGUUAUGUGGUCAAUGGUGUGGUCCAUACUCUUCCCCCAGGGUCUGUGAUCAGUGGUGUGGGCCUGAGCCUUCCCCCAGGGUCCGUGAUCAGUGGUUUGGGCCUGGGCCUCCCCGCAGGGUCCGUGAUCAGUGGCGUGGGCCUGGGCCUUCCCCCAGGGUCUGUGAUUGGUGGCGUGGGCCUGGGCCUUCCCCCAGGGUCUGUGAUUGGUGGCGUGGGCCAGGGCCUUCCCCCAGGGUCUGUGAUCGGUGGCGUGGGCCAGGGCCUUGCCCCGGGGUCUGUGAUCGGUGGCGUGUGCCAGAGCCUUCCCCUGGGGUCUGUGAUCGGUGGUGUGGGCCAAGGCCUUCCCCCGGGGUCUGUGAUUGGUGGCGUGGGCCAGGGCCUUCCCCCAGGGUCUGUGAUCGGUGGUGUGGGCCAGGGCCUUCCCCCAGGGUCUGUGAAUGGUGGCAUGGGCCAGGGCCUUCCCCCAGGGUCUGUGACUGGUGGCAUGGGCCAGGGCCUUCCCCAGGGGUCUGUGAUUGGUGGCAUGGGCCAGGGCCUUGCUCUAGAUCCCAUGACCAGCACUGUAGCCCAGGGCCUUCCUCCAGGGUCUGGGGCAAUUGGCAUGGCCAGAACUGUGCCUAUGAGUUCUGUGGCGACUUCAGUGUCCCCCAGUCUGAUUGCAGCCUCUGGCACUGGUGGGGAGAAGCCAGGUCUCACGGUGAAACCGUCAGCUAGUCUGACUGCUCCGGACCUGCUCUCAGAUUCAGUGGCAGGUGCAGUAGACUCCAGAAUCCCUCCUUGUCCUGUGAAUUCCAGUGUGGACACAGCAUCGAUGCCUGGGGGACUGAGUCAGAACCUAGUUCUGGAGUCCAUGGCUAGUACAGCCAGCCCACCCUCCACGGUCGGAGGCGCGGCCCUGAGCCUUCCCCAGGGGUCCCUGCUGAUUGGGAUCUCUCCUCGUCCAUACCAUGGGGGCCUGGCAGGGGAAGGGUCCACAACCACCUUGCAGGCAUCCCGCCCCCCUGGCCUGGCUCCAGCUCCUCUCCAGGAAGCUCCUGGCACGACCGGCGGAGUAUACCAAAUGCCUUCGGUUCUGCAAAGAGCCUCACAGUUGAACCAGGCUCUUGGGGUGACGACGGCAUUUGAGACCAUAGAUCCCAGGACUGUGAUGAGGCCAGAGGACCCAGACAGGGCUCCUCCCCAGAGGCCCAUAUCCAGGCAGGGGUCUGAAGUCCUUGAGGCAACCCCAUGGAUAUACCAUAGUCCCCUGGCAAUGGACGUUGACUACAACCAAGGAGUCCCUGUAGAGAAUGAGGCUCUUCCCAAAGACCAGAGGCCGCUAUUGGAGGAGGUAGCUCCCGCCCAAGCUAAGUCAAUGCCCAGCGGUGUGGCCUCUGUCCUUCCCCAGUCCCCGAGUCUUGCCGAGCCCUUCACGGUCAGUAGUGGCGCCCCAACCCUGCAGCAGAGGUCAGUGACCAAUUUGGUGGCCCCUGGUUCCCACAUUGUGGCUGCUAGCCCCAAUGUGCAGACGGUGCCCAUCAAGGGCACUGGGGCCCCACUGGCUCACCGGCAGAUGCCAAGCUCUCACACUGCACUCCGGAGCCCCUCGGCUUAUCAAAAGGCUCUGGUGGCUCAUAUAAUGCCGCGGAGCCCCUCGAUGACUCACGUGUCCCAUGGGGUCACGGCUUCUACUGGAGGCUCAGGGUCACCCAAGCUGACCCGUGACAAUACUGCGGCCACCAGCUUGCACCCAAGGUCUGUGGCUCAGACGGGGACCCUACACACUUCCCGGAGGUUACAGCCACGUGUUUCACCUCAUCCACCCCUGAUUAGAAAGAUGAUGUAUAGUGGUUUCCAGAAGGAAGCCAUUCCCAGCCCACUCCAGAAGACAGCGGCUGGAGGUCAGAUUCAGAGUGGCCGUGGGCUCCUUCACCCUAGAACAUCCUUCAGGUCCAUGCAUGCUAUUUCUGUACCAGAAAAGCCAGACAAUUCUGCAGCUGGGACUGUGCCCUCUGGUCAGAAGCAGCAUGAUGCCCCCAAGUCCUCGCAGAAAUUUCUUAAACACUCCCUGGGUGCACCGCCAGCCUUAACACCAAUAAUCCACACUAAUGAGCUGGCACACCACAUGGCCAACUCUAAGCAGAGCCUGGGGAUUCGGAGGGUGUCUCUGGGUUAUGAGUCUUCACCGAGGGGUUCUCAGCGGCCCCUUUUUAGGCAGGAGUCGCGGCAAGAGUCUCCAAUUUCCCUUAGCUUCAUGGCUCCUGCGGAGAGUCUCGGGGCAUCUGAGACUCCCACUGACAUUCUUGGAACUUCUGUGACUCCUGCUGAGAGUCUCAGGGCAUCCCUGACUCCGGCAGACAGUCUUGGGGUGUCCCUAACUCCAGCAGACAGUCUCGGGGCAUCCCUGACUCCAGCUGAGAGUCUCGGGGCAUCCCUGACUCUAGCAGACAGUCCUGGGGCAUCCCUGACUCCAGCUGACCAUCUCGGGGUGUCCCUGACUCCAGCUGACAGUCUUGGGGCAUCCCUGACUCCAGCUGACAGUCUUGGGGUGUCCCUGACUCCAGCUGACAGUCUCGGGGUGUCCCUGACUCCAGCUGACAGUCUCGGGGCAUCCCUGACUCCAGCAGACAGUCUUGGGGCGUCUCUGACUCCGGCUGACAGUCUCGGAGCAUCCCUGACUCCAGAUGACCAUCUUGGGGCAUCCCUGACUCCAGCAGACAGUCUUGGGGUGUCUCUGACUCCUGUAGAUAGUCUCGGGGCAUCCCUGACUCCAGAUGACCAUCUUGGGGCAUUCCUGACUCCAGCUGACAGUCUCGGGGCAUCCCUGACUCCAGCUGACCAUCUCGGGGCAUCCCUGACUCCAGCUGACAGUCUCGGGGCGUCCCUGACUCCAGCUGACAGUCUCGGGGCGUCCCUGACUCCAGCUGACCAUCUUGGGGCAUCCUUGACUCCAGCUGACAGUCUCGGGGCGUCCCUGACUCCAGCUGACCAUCUCGGGGCAUCCUUGACUCCAGCUGACAGUCUCGGGGCGUCCCUGACUCCAGCUGACAGUCUCGGGGCGUCCCUGACUCCAGCUGACAGUCUCGGGGCAUCCCUGACUCCCGCUGUACUUCAGGGCCCGGAGGACACUGCCAUGUCUGGUGGCCAAGCGUGGAACUCUACCAUCCCCAGCGUAGCGGUUGGGCCCAGGGGCAGCACCGUGGCCGCUGGCGGUGCUUGGGAGCCAGCCAGGGGCACUGUGCCGUGGGACGUCGUGGGCAGCAAGGCAGCGGUGGACCCCAGACAGCCGAGGGAGUUGGUGGCAUCGGUGCAGGCUGUAGAGAAGAUAAUCAUCCACGCGGUGGUCAUUAUCCAGGCAUGUGCACGUGGCUUCCUGGUGCGCCGUACCAUCAAGGUGUGGCACCAGUGGGCCAUCAUCAUCCAGGCGGCCUGGCGUGGCUACCGUGUGCGGCGGGACCUGGCCCGCCUCUGCCGAGCUGCCACCAUCAUCCAGGCUGCGUGGCGAGGCUUCGUCAUUCGCCAGAGCCGCACCCAGCACAUGCUGCUCCAGAAUGUGUGGGCUGAGACCGGCAGUGGGGCCAGGACGAUGUCUGACCACCGCUGCUUCCAGUCCUGCCAGCCACACGUCUGUGCUCUCUGCCAGUCACUGACCUCCGGACUAGGAAGCCCACCCAGCGUGGUGAUGCUCGUGGGUUCCAGCCCCCGCACAUGCCACACGUGCGGCCACACACUGCCCACUCGGGUGGUGCAUGGCACGGGCCGGGGUGCUGCCAGCCAGGCCGGCGUGCCACGGGGCUGCCUGACCCAGUCAACCGCCCGGAGCCUUCGGCGACCCCAUCAGACCAAGGCGGCCAUGGUCAUCCAGUCUGCCUGGAGGGGCUUCGUUGUGCGUCGUCGGCUGAAGCAGCAACAGGAAGCAGCCAAGAUGCUUCAGGCCACCUGGCGCGGCCACAGCGCCCGGGCCUCCCUGACCACGGACGCGCUCUUGGGGCCAGCGGCGUGGGACAACUCGCGGCACACGCAGUGGCCAGGCGUCUAGGACCUCGGCUUACCGGUGGGGGGACGUCAGGGGAGGGGCCACAUGGCUCUCUGGGUUUCAUGAAUAAAGCCCUCCACAGCCUG